UUCGAAAUCCGAAAAACACUCCAUUAUACUCUAUGAUGAUCUCCUACCAAAGUCAAACCUCUUUCCGUACAUAUCAUGAAUAAACCAGACUCCAUGGUCGAGAUUGAGAAACAAUAUCGGUGCAUUAUGGGAAGCGAAAACCAAGUUUUUGAGCAGGCGCUGGUCAUGUUCCCGGAGGAGACGUCAGACCGCUGGCAGAAGGUCGCCGAUCAUGUGAACGGAAGGCAGCUGGACCGCUGCCAGGUCUCCGAUCCAGAGAACGGAAGGGAGCCGUGCCAGUUGAAUCUGCAGGUUCUGUGGCCGCCGAUGACGUCACGGUCUACGGUUAGGCUUGGUCGGCCUCCGACGAUGUUUGAGACCAUAACUCCGGGCCGCGGGGUUCAGAUGAAGAAGCAGAAGUUGGAGGUCGUCACAGGGGAGCUGAAUGCCCAAUUUGAGAGAUUGUUUUCAAUGAGGGGGAGUACACCAAGCUAUACCACCAAUAGAGAUGAUAUCGAUGAAUUUUCCUCCAAAUACAAUAGAACAUUUUAACUUUAUAUUUGUCACUCUUUUUCUUCCAUUAUUGCUA